CGUCACUCGGCCGACAUCGCAUAACAGCAGGUGUCCUCUAAUACCAUUAGGUGUUUCUGGUUGGAUUUUUUGUGUGUGUUUUCAAAGUAACAGUCUACCGUCCGGUGGGGGGAAAUCAUGACCGAAUCCGCAUCUCAUCAAAAACUGGUUCCUCGAAAAUUGUCAAUGUCAGUGAAAUGCUAAACGCGCGAGGACUGCUUCCGUUAGUGAUCGUCUGGGUCGCGCUUGCCGAUCACCUCACGCGGUCGGACGAUUUUGCGUAUGUCAACCUGCCGGACAACCACCUGCCGCAGUAUUUUAACGCCUUUCCAGCACAAGCGGAUCGAUGUCUCAGCGAUGACGAAUGCCCAUACAAGAAGCUGCUGCAGAGUCAAGGUUACGACGAGAAUGCUUGCUGGGGCCAUGAGCGGAAUUGCAUCCAAGAAAAACGGUUCUCUGAGCCUCGGUGUCCCGGGAAGAAUCUGCGCUACGUCAAGGACAAAACCGAGCAGAUCGAAACAUUCUACAACCAGGCGGACUUUGGGUACAUCAGGCAGCAGCUGCGGGAGAUGACUCUUAUGUGCGAACCCACUUAUCCGCAUGACUCGUCGCUGGAAUGCUCGCAGUAUCUGCGCUUUUGUCGGGGGCGGAAUCUCAUGUUCAACUUCACAGAUUUGCCUGGGCGGAAAGAACCGUUGCGCUAUAGGAUGGAUGUCUUGAAGCCGGGGCAAGUUGGCGGGUUUUGUAAGUUCCACAAGGAGCGCCUCGAAGCCGAAGCGGAGCACGUAAGUGCCUUACAGUCCUGGGCCCCUGAGCUGCGCUUCUUCGAACAGCUCGAAUCACAGCCCAUCGAAAGUGGCAAAUGUGACGUGGUGGUCGACAAACCCACGUACAUAAUGAAAAUCGAUGCCACUUCGAAUAUGUACCACCAUUUCUGCGACUUCUUCAAUUUGUACGCUUCCCUCCACGUAAAUCAAUCACAUCCACUCGCCUUUCAUACUGAUGUCCACGUCCUCAUCUGGGAAUCGUACACUUACGAGUCUGCGUUCGCCGCGGCGUUCAAGGCAUUCACGACGAAUACGAUCUGGGACCUGAAGACGUUUAGCGGCAAAACCGUUUGCUUCAAGAACGUCGUGCUGCCUCUACUGCCCCGGAUGAUCUUCGGAUUGUACUACAAUACUCCAAUCAUUAGUGGCUGUGAGAAGAGCGGCUUGUUCCAGGCGUUCUCUGAAUUCAUGCUCCAUCGCCUCAGAAUCCCCAUCCAACCGCGGAAGUCCGCUAGAAAGGUUCGAAUUACGUUCUUAGUCCGUCGCACCAAAUAUCGGCAAGUUCUGAACGAGGAUGAACUCUACAAGGAAAUCGCUCAGAAUCCCCAAUACGAAGUCCAGAAAGUUGCCUUCGGUCGAGGCAUCCCUUUCAUGAGGCAACUGGAAAUCACUCGGAACUCUGACGUCCUAAUUGGAAUGCACGGGGCCGGGCUCACUCACCUACUCUUCCUGCCCAACUGGGGAGCUGUCUUCGAGCUGUACAACUGCGAGGAUCCCAACUGCUACAUGGAUCUGGCGAGGCUGCGCGGUGUCAAGUACCUAACGUGGGAAAAUUCAAGGAAGGUGUUCCCUGAGGACCAGGGCCAUCAUCCCGAAGGCGGAGCACAUGCCAAGUUCACGAAUUAUUCAUUCGAUAAGAAGGAGUUUGCACGGUUGGUGCGCGAAGCUGCCGAGCAUGUACUUAAUCAUAAAGAAUUCAAAAAAAUGAUCGCCGAGCGAUCGGAGGACCCAAGUGGGAGCAAUAGUGAUGACGCCGACAGAGGCCACAACGAAUUGUGAUGAUGCUAAUUUUAGUUUGGUAGGAAAAUUACUCGAGUCUCGAACGAUGGUAUUUUAACUGUAGAAUUCCAUUUAAAUGUAAGCAAGUACUUAAGAUUUUUUACUGAUCAUGAAAUGAUUUCGUUCCGAAUUGCCUUGAUUACGUUGGCCCCCAGUAGGCUUUAGGCAAAUUUGUACAAGAAAUAAACUUUUUAAAAUUCCGAAAA